AACAGUAUCUGUAUGUAUUACUGAUUAUCUAGAGGGGAAGCUUUUUCUCCUAAGAGGUGGCUGUUUCAGAAUGGUCUCCGGAAAAUUAAUCAAACUCUUGGUUUAUGAGAUCUUAGAAUUUGCUGCUUUUUCCGUCCCAACACUUGUGGUGGCAGAACAGUUUGCCUUCGCCUACCAAAAGACAAAGAAUUCCAAUGAGAAGACAUUUUAUUGGCUUGUCGUGUCCAUUUCCAUAGCUUAUGUGGCAUUGGUGGCAUUGCUAGUUUGGGUUCCUGUAAAAGUUCUGCUGCACAAAAAGCAUCAUCUCCGUUCCAAAAUAAAACAAUGGAGACCUCCUCUAAUGAUGUGUAUGAUAUUCACAAUACUCCCAUGCUUUGGAUUUUCUAUAGCAGUCACAGAGGUCCAAAAAGGUGGCUCAAAUAGUUCAACAUCUGCACUGCCUGAAACCUUGCCUGACUUACCAGUAUCAUUGGUUAUGGCUUCUUUAAUUAUUGUUGAUAUAAUUGAAAAACUUCGGAAAUAUCCUCUCAAAGGAAGAUCAAUAAAAAAGGAAGAGCCACAAAUCCAUUCAACUAGUUUACAGCAAGUGAAAACUGUGACUGAGCAGGUGAAGACAAGUGAGGGAAACAAUACAGUCUCUGAGACCAACAUCUUUCCUGUCCCCAGGCCAAGAUCAUUUGGCCAGAACGGUCAACCUGUAUCUUCUGUGGCUGAUGAGUCACCAUUCGAUUCUGGAAUUUUGAGAGCAAUGUCCCAGAAAGACAAGCGUGCGGAGAUUUUUCUGACUAGUUUCAUUAUUUGGUCUGACACCAUUGAGAUGCUGCGUGUAUCUGGACAUCGUGAUGUGUUUAGGUCAGGGUGGUUAUACCCUGUUUACAUAUUUAGCUACAUCUCUUUGCUUCGAAUCAUAUUCAUACCACAAUUCAGUCUUCUCAGCUCCUUAGGUGUCUUUUUACAGGACUUCCCUUUUAUUUUUGUUCGAGUCAGUUUGAUUGCUGCUUUGGGGACAAUCACUCCUGUUUUAGGUCUUCUAAAAAACAUUCUAGUAACUCUUUCUUAUUUUUACUUCAACUACUUAACUAAAUUGAGAGUUUUCACCACCCACGAAAUAUCUUCCUUUUAGAUAGAAAAUGUUCUAUCUAAAAAGUAUAGUAAGACCUUACUCUGGUCAUUCCUUUUCCUAUUCCCUAGUCAAUCUGAGGUCUGAGUAGAAAAAACACCACCACAUGAAAUAUGGAUUUGCUAAGCAAACUAAUAAUAAACAAGGAUUUAGAUUGAAUAUUCAAUCUUCUUAAGGAAACAUUUUUUAAACAUGUGAACCUAUCAAUUAUUUGCAAUCUAAUGGGUGCUAUUUAUAAAUGGAGUUUUAUUUAUUCUUUAAAAUACUUACCCAAAGGCCCUCCCCUGGAAAGGUCCCAUUAGCUCUUUAGGAUUUGAGAAAUAGAGUUUACUAUUUUCACACAUCUUUUAUUAUUUUGCAGUUGUUCUAUGAGACUUUUCAUGAAUAUGGACUUAUUUUCCCCAAAGUAAGUCCCACAUGGAGGUUUUUUAAUAUGCAACAAAACCAAUGACAGUCAAUUGGAAAUUAACCUGUGAAAAGUAGUAGAAGUGUGGGGCUGAUGUGUAGAUUACAUGUCUUAUAAUAUUGAAAAUAUCCAUGAUUUAUUUACGUAUAAUGCAAGCCAGGCAAUGUAUGGGCUCAUCUCAAGGGGCAAGGGUCCUUCAAUAGGCAGAUUUAAUUGCACAAAUGUGUUCAAAGCUUAGCUCCUAGCAACCAGAUAUUUCAAUUUCUGUUUACAUACUAUCAGAUUUUUAAAACCUGUAUAUACGUUGUGUUGUCACUAGUGGAAUAUAAGAUCCCCGAGGACAGAGACUUUUAAGUAUGGUGCCUUUCAGAUUAGCACCUUCUCUGCAGCUUAGAGCACUGCUUAGUACCUUGAGAGUUUAAGCAACUUGCCCAGAAUCACAUAGCCAAUAUGUGUCAGAGGUAAGGUUCAAGGUUAAGUCUUCCUGGCUUCUAGGUCAGCUAUUUAUCCAUGAAGCUGACUGCCUCUCCACUUUGCACAUAGUAGGUACUUAAUAAAUGUCCUUUGAAUAUUGAAUAAAUACUGAUGUGAUAAUAAGCAGGAAUGUUGUUUAUCAUCAUGAAGGCAAGAUGAGGUUCAAUAGCAAAAUGACACUGGGACUAUCCAUAAAGCCUAGAGAUAUAAAUGUGGACACAGACAUAAUAGAGACCCUUUGGAACCCAUUUUAUUGUUAUUAGGAUUUGAACAAAAGUGGGUCUAAUCUGGCCCUUGAAAUAGCAAAAGAACUUAAUAUAUAUUGAAUUGGAAUCAAUUUCUAACAAAAUUCUUUUCUAAUAAAGUCAGAUAUACGAGCAUUUUAUGUUUGCCUUUUGGAAUUAAUUUUUGUUUUUAUAUUUCAACGUGGGUGUGCCUGAUGUUUUCGGAAGUUACAACACUUCAAACAAAAUAAUGAAACCACUUAACUUAAAAGGAUAUGUGAAACUAUUCAGUUUCCUCAUUUAAUUAACAGUAGAGGACUGUAUUUCAUUCAAACAACAAGACCCCAGAGCAUAGAAAAUACUUCACAAAUAUAUGUUGAAUAGGAAUCAAUUUCUAAAAAACUUCUUUUCCACCUAAAGUCAACUCAAUCAUUUGAACAAAUAAAGAGAGCAACAGUUCAGAUAUACCAGUAUUUUACUCAACAAAGUUGAAAUGAUGAGGGAAAGUAUAUUAAUGGAGUACUGGGACUUAAACUCGAUGGGAUUGGAUGAAAAGUUCUAUUAUUCAGUUUAUGCUAUAUUUCUAGCUUCUGAGAAGACUUUAGUGGCUGUUCCCAAACCAUAAUGAAUGUGAUAAAUAAGAAUGUGAGAAUGACGAUGCAAGGGCAUAAUUACAACAUAUACAUUAGAGGCUAUGAUGUACUUGUUCUGCUUUGGACCAAACGAAUGGAUAGAUAGAUAUCUUGGUUAAAAGUCAAAUGGCCAAUGUUAUUAGUAAAAAAGAUCAAUUUGCAAAUUUGUCAUCAGAUAGUGUUGUAUUUAUAUUUCUAGGGUCAAGUUUUAUCAAUUGGCUGGUUGAAAGAACUUAUAUCAUCUUCACAUUAGUGAUUGUUCCUGGAAAAUGAGAAUAGUGAGCCUGGAUUUCAAAAAUAGGCAUAAAUUCCACUAGAUAUCUCAACUAUUCACUAUUUUAAUAGAAUUAAAGUUCCCAAGUUAGAAGGUGGUUGUUAUGUAAGGAAAGAUGGUAUGCAUUAUCCUUAAUAAUAGAUCUACAAAUUGGACCUCAUCUUCUGGAUCUGUCAAUUUUUCUUCCUUGUUUGAAAACUUUUUCUCCUCAUCUGUUAUAUUUAUAUAUUUCUACAAAUCUUGGAAGUCCUUCAGUAAUUGAGACAUCUUGAAGGAAACACAUGUAAAACAGGUGCUAUUAAAGUUGUAUUUUUAAAAUACUUGCACAUUCAUUACAUUUGCAUUUUUAAGCAAACAUCGUGGGUUGUGUCCUCUUCAUAUUUCACAUAUUUUAUUCUGGGUUGAUGCAUUUAUUAUGGUUUCUCUAGCAAGUUCAUUUAUAUCAUUCAUGUAAGAGUUCUGAAGACAAUGGGAGGUCACAGAGGUAAAUGGAGUUAGAGAAUGGGAAAAGUAACAAAGGUGAAGAGAGAGACAAACAUCACCUUUGUACACCUAAACACACACUUGAGCAACUAGGUGGGUCAGUGGAUAGACUGUCAGGUCUGGAGUCAGAAGGACCUUAGUUCAAAUUUGACCUUCCUCAGACACUUACUAGUUGUGUGUCCUUGGGCAAGUUUGCCUUAGUUUCCUCAUUUUUUAAAUGAUCUGGAGAAGGAAAUGGAAACACUCCAAUAUAUUUGCCAAGAAAAUUCCAAAUGGUAUCAUGAAGUUAGACAUGACUGAAAAUGACUAACCAAUAGUACAUCUGAACUGCAACUAACUGUAAUUAUAACUGGGGAAAAUACAGUUGAGUGGGAUGCAGCAAUGACAAUGU